AUGCAUUCACCGCUCAGAUCUCUGACCUGUCUGUCGUUUGCGAUUGCUACGGCGUCUUCUCAGUCGGUAUACACUGUCUGGCCAUGGCCAGGUCAUCCACCGCCGUUACCUCCAGUUCCGGUGUAUGUCACCACAUCGACAGUUGACAAGACUUGGAUUGUCACUUGUCCGGCGCCGCCGACGGUCUUCAUCAACGUGACCGCGACCGAGUAUGUGCCCGUCACUGCUACAACGACCGCCUCGGAGUUUUUCACCGACACCACCACUACGUCCGAGUUCUUUACUGACACAACCACUACGUCUGAGUACUUCACUGAUACGACCACCACUUCGGAGUUCUUCACAGACACCACCACCACCUCCGAGUUCUUCACUGACACAACCACUCUUCCAAUCACAAUCUACCAGACCAUCAUCUCUACAUCGAUUGUUACAACGACCCAAACAGUGACAGAAACAACGACGACCAUCUCCAUUACCCCAACGACUUUGACCACACCUACGACUGCAACGGUGACAACCCCAACUACCGAGACAGUGACAACUCCGACAACUGAAACAGUGACCACUCCCACCACAGCGACGCUCACAGAAACGUCAAUUUCGACGACCCCGACCACCGCGACGGCAACAGAAAUCAUCUCGAUAUACGAGAUCACAACUCAGGCCACGAGCAUUACGUUAUGUCCAACUCGGAUAGCCAAUCCAACUUACACCGCCGCCGGGCCGUAUCCCACGGACUGGACCUGGGGCUGUCCUCCAGGCUGGCUGUGCAAACCUGUUCUGGAGAACUGCAACUUCGAAGCUGGCAUUCCGGAUCGAAACUUCCUCUGCAGUCCGAACGAAUGUAUCCCGGCGUCAGUCCUUCCCGCGACGCUGCCCACCUGGGACGCGGACAUCUAUGGAAACUCUACGCCUGCAACAAACCCAGCCCUUCGUGUCAAUGCUAUUGAUCAUUUCUUCAACAUGGACCCGACCCAGUUUGGGCUGACAUAUGAGAUCUUCGUCGUUAACGAAGUCUUGACCCGGACCACCACUAUCCUCUUACCACCGAGUCCGACCGUUGCAGCGAGACAAGCGCAGACCAGCGUUCCGGGAGCUUGUUAUCCGUGGUGUAAUAACUGUCUGUUAGAGGCUCAGUCGAACGGGAAGACGUCCAAACUCUGCGUGCCAGGCUCAGCAUUUGAGGUGUCCCUCGCGCAGUGUGAGCAAUGCAUUGACUACCACAAGGCCGAUGACUCCGCCAGUUUUGUCCAGAUCGCACCGCAGUUCCAACAGUUCCUCGACUACUGUGAACAGUUCUCGACUAUUGUUGUAAGUACCACCGUAACGACACCUACGACAAAUGCUGCUGGUUCAACGGUCAACACGGCUACGGGAACCAUAUCGACCACGGUCACGCCGAAGAGUUCAGCACCUCCACCUCCCUCGACCCCAUCGAGCUCGAUCGUCACGAUUGCAACGCUCACACCAGUCCCGUCAACGACGACGGCUACUUCAGAGAGCUCAACAAUGACAGCAACGGUGUCAACCCUAUCGACAGUCCCCACCACGACAUCAUCACCGUCGUCAACACCACCAGCACCAAUCUCUUCGGCGACCCAGCCGUACACGACAACCGAGACUGUCGUAACCACCAGUUACUCCCAUCGCACAGUUUCCGGCAGCGCCUGGGGUCAAAUAACAAUCAUCAUGCCAGUCGGCACCAACAGCACCACCACCGUGUAUGGCUCUGAUUUGACCAGUGGAGGCGCCACACUUGUUCUUCCCACCUCUCCCACCACCAGUACCUAUACCACAACCCUGACAGUGACUCCCAGUGGGGAGAUCUCGGCACUUGCGACAUCCAGUGGGUCCUCGGGAGCCACGGUCGCAGCAUCCGGCACCUCGACGGCACCACCGUCCUCGUUCACAGGUGCCGCAAGCGCACUGAAGUUCUCCGCCGGAACCUACCAAUUCCAAACCACGGCUUUCGCGUUAACAAUCAUCAGCCUCCUAGCCACGUUGCUACUAUAA